UAGUAGAAUUGUUUUUCCCAGCUAUGGGAGGGGGAUCCCUAUUGUUAUAUACAUGGUAUAUAUUAUAUUAUAACCAUCAAUAGAAUAUCCGGAAUUAACCGUUUUUGUGUAUUACUGUAUUCCGUCUCCGUAUCUUGUUUCUAUGUUCUGUUGUUGGAUCCCUGUUGGGGGAAUAAAAUGAAAAGUUGAAGAGUGAAGUUGUUUCGAUUCAUCUCUUAAUAAUCCUCUCACAUCGCAAACCCAGUGCACUAUCCUAAAUCCUCCCAUCCACUAUGCACCUCGGACGUUCGACCCCCUGUAAGCAUACACUCCGAAAAUUUUGCUACGCCACUGACAGGAACUUUGAAGGAGUGGGCAAAAUCUACACCCUACCUGUAACCUUUCUGAUGCAGUGUGUAUACGCUCCCCAUCGAUAGGUGAAACGUCCCGGAUCGAGUUACAUGCAAAUAUGUACAAUUUCUUCACAUCGCUGUACAGGUAAAAAAUACAAAUCGCUCACUCGGUCAUAGCUUGACAAAGGAACCAGUCUGCCUUGAAACGUUGCGACAUGUUUAAUACGUACAUUGUUUGUGUAGAAAGAAAAACUUUGUUCUUAAUUAAGAGCUUGCCCCGAAUAUCAUGACUUCCAUGAUAGAAACACUUACAACGCAAAGUUGUUCAUAGACGCAUGUUGAUGAAGACUGGUGGAGUGCUAUGGUAGCAAUCACGAUCUCUAAUGCGAUCCCUCCGUACACGUAGAGUGUGGUUGUGUAUGUUAUUAGUGGUGACACUGUGCUGGAUGCUGUUAUAUAUCCGACACCACCGAUAUAUCAAGACUACUGACAAUACUAGGGCUUACCCACGAAAAUUUGUUUUCCCUGCCUGUCCCCCAAUUGGUUCCACUAAUGUGAAUCUGACCGAAACUUUGAAGAAGACACUUGAGAUAGGCAAUGGACCCCCACCAGGCAGGGACACGCUUUGUAGCAUGUCUUUCGAGGAUCUGGAAAUGUACCAUCACACGUAUUUUAGUACGAUCCAGAGCCCCUGUAAGCGGUCUGUGCGCAUGGGCAACACCAUGGACGGAGGAUGGGACGUGUGUAGUGACGAGAUAAAAAAGCACGCCUGUCUUGUUUACUCAUUUGGAAUACAUUUUGACUUUUCGUUUGAUGAUGAAAUGGCGUCAGUAUUUGGAUGCGAGGUGCACUCCUUUGAUCCUAGCAUGCACCAGAAAGAUCACGUACGCAACCCGUCCGUAUUUUUUCACGCAACUGGCCUAUCAGAUUAUAAUGGUAUCAGUAACGAAACGGUAGGCUGGAAAAUGAGUACGCUUAAAGGUAUUCGGGAGGAGCUUCGCCAUGUUAGCCGUGCCCCUGACGUCAUAAAGAUGGACAUAGAGGCCUUUGAGUGGGAUGUCCUACCCGACAUGUUGAGGACAUCACAACUAACUGACGUCAAGCAGCUUCUGGUGGAGUUGCACGCGAACUAUGAUAGUCCCUUGAGAGAAUAUUGGGUUCAUAAGCUUCUAAUAUUUCGUGACCUGUACCUGGAGGGGUAUCGCGUUUUCUGGACUGGACGCAAUAUGCAGUGUACCUACAAAUCACCCGUACACAACCGCAGACUGUACGGAUGCUACGAGGUCUCAUUCGUCAAGGUAAAUAAAUCAAAAUCUCACAAGUAAAACGGUAAUGAGAUUUAUGAGAAAAACAAUUUGUAGACAGAUACUCGGUAAGGACAGCCGAAAACGACAAAGGUUCAUAGGUUCCGGUGGGCCUUUGGUCACGUGAUUGUCACCAAGCAAAUUGGUUGACGGAUGUGGGCGUUUAUGCUUUGCUACCGAGGAAUCACAAUCAGAAUAUGGUCUCCUUCAGAGUACAUCGUGUCAGUGGGAACUUUGUGUAUUCAAUAAAGACGAAUUUCCUUUCUUUUACUUUUAAUUGCAUAGUUAGUAUAGUGAGUGUUUAAGGUUGAUUUGUAUCUUGUGUGUGUGACAGUAUCUUUAUCGCAAUUUAAGAAAUAUUAAAAAAUAACUGAAUUUUAUGAUACCCCCCACCAGUGGUGGAUGUUUUAUUAGCUAUAGGAGUCACAUGUACAUGCACUCUCCUUGAACCUGGACAAAUUGUAGGAAAUUUCUAACGGGAAAUAUUUAUUUUUGCAGUAUAUAUAACAAACUUCAUCUUCAUCUUUAGACCUUCCUCCGUCAAUA